GCUCAGGCUCUGGCGCAGGGUCUGGAGGGAGAUCUCCUCGUACUUGAUCGGCGACAGUUCAGGGCUGUCUGGGAGGUAGACGUUGAUGAGGUCCUGAGAGUCGAAUGCGUGGACUUGGCCUUGGCAGGCAGCCACGUUGGAUGGGGGGAGGAAGGGGAGGGACAAGAGGUCGAAACUGAGGUCCCUAGGGCAGCAGAGGCCGGCUUAUAUACAUGGGGAGAUAAGGGCAGGCUGUGCGCACUGGUCCGUGUGCAGCUGGUCCGUGCGCAGCAUGCUGACGCGGCCCCAGGGGCCGGUGAGUCAGAG